CAUGCUCGCUUUACCUGCCAUACGAUGCAACAGCUAAUCUUACCUUCCUCUUCAGGUAAUAUUGAAGGUUGACCAAUCAACUUGAGGAAGAGUGACACUUUCCGGGCAUUUACGCAGAUAGAGACAACGACAGCGGAGAUCCCUGACAAGCUACAAAACAACUGGUCGAUAUCAAGAAUAUGUCAGGGCAUACCAUUCCCCAAUUGACAUGGACCAGUCGGUUGGCUCCAAGAUGCUUAUCACACUCGCUUGGGCAGACUUGACUACUGUACAUGCUUGUCCCACGUAGAGGAUCGACAUCGGUCGUUAGGCUGAUUUACGACGUUUAUCAACAGCCUCCAAACAUCUCUUGCCAUAUGUUGAUGACUUCUCACUCACCAAACACUCUCUCUUCCUGAAGAUCACGUUUGUGCCUGCGACCCUGGGUGAUCACAUCACUGACUGCCUCGCCCUUCCUCCCGUCCAACAAGAUGAGCACCAUUACCACCGCCACUGAAGUCAUCCCUUCCCAACCAUUAUCUCCAUCACAAUACUAUGGCAAACUACGAUUCAUCCCGGAGGGCAAAACCCCCCAACCAAGUCCCCAUAAUUUCCAUUUACCCGAGAUCUCCGAGUUUGGUGAUGUACGCAUGCAACCAUUGAUUGACAUGCGUCCCGUUCCAACCAUCGAUGAAUUGAAUCGUGAUCAUGCUCCUGAAGGAACGGCAAAGCUUUCAACCCACGGGUUCACGGCAGUCAAACACCCCACGACAUUGAACUCGGCACCUUACUCUCGAGCUAGUUGGGAUGAUCCAGCAAUUCUGAAAUCGAUAUAUGUUCCCGAGACGGAAGAUAUGGUCAAGAAGAUCACCGGUGCUAAAACGGUGAUUACAGAAUCACUAUUGAUCCGCAGCGCCGUCUGGUCUGAAAAGGAUGCUUUGGCCACACAUGGCGGUCAUGGUCAAGAUGGUCAAGCGGACGCUGAAAUCAUCUCGCAGCAACGAGAACCAUCACCAGAAGAGACAGACUUGGAACUGGGUUUUCCUCAAUUCAUCGGCUUCUCCGCUGCCAGUGGAGGUGUGAGUCCAGCGCCCAAGGUUCACCUCGACUAUGCUCCCAAUGGUGCAAGAACUCAUAUCCGCAAAUUUCAUCCUCGCAUGGCGGAAUUCGCUAAAGAUGUCAUCAAGGCGGAAGACCAACUCCUUUCCCAGGGCAAGUCCCUCAGAGAAGAAUAUACUUCCUCUCAAACAGGGCCACGCUGGGCGUUAUAUUCCAUUUGGCGGCCGUUGAAACCCGUCAAGCGAGAUCCACUAGCAUUAGGCGAUGCUCGGACUUUUCGCGAGUCCGACUAUGUUCCUGUAAUGAUCAAGAAUCCUAACCUCGGGAUUCCAGGUGAUAAAUCCACCCACGACAGUGAAAGUUACUUGGCACAUUGGUCAGAGGGGCAGAAAUGGUAUUUUAUUUCUCAACAGGAGCCAGAGGAGGUAUUGGUGGUGGGACUUUUUGACUCGGAUAGAGAUAAAGAGACGGUGGCGGCUGGAGGGACAUUGCAUAGUAGCGUUGAUCUUCCGGGAACUGAGAAUGAGCCAGCUAGAGAGAGUCUGGAGCUGAGAUGCCUGGCGAUUUGGUGAUUGUUAGUCUUGGUUUGACAGGGUCUUGUUACCACAGUCCUUGUUAGGGGAGGCCUUCAUGGUCAAACCGCACAUUCAUGUAUUCAUCUAACAUCUAUCAUUGCGAUUGUGGAGUUAGUCAAAGAAAAUUCUUGAUAUA